UUCGCGCUAACGUCCAUUCGCUCUAGUGUCUUUUCGCGCAAGUGUCCAUACGCGCAAAUGGCUUUCCGCGCAAGUGUACCAGAACCGCACCCGACACUUCUCCGCUCGAUCCAUUUCCACCGAAGCGAAGCGGAGUGGAGAUGAGCAAAUAAUGGAAUCUGAUUGGUUAUUUAAAAAAACUGAUUCAGGUGAGAUACAGGCCAAGAGCUUCCUCGUUGUGGAUAAAAAAAACCUCUGCUUCGUAAGUCUGCCCCCCUAGACAAAACGCACUUUUUGAUCGAAUCGAAAAUCGAAUCCGUCAAAACUCCAUACAAAAAAGGGGCUUUUCGACCACUUUUCGACUGGUUUGCGAUUAAAAUUUGCACUUUGUCUAGACCCACUGUUCGCACUACUCCGCCUCGGUGGAGACCGGGCCUUAUCGUUGGCGGCCAAUUCUUUAUUUACGAUGUUGUACGUACAAAAAGUUCCUAUGCCGAUACACUGGCGAUCACAGAGCGGUAAAAAUAGGUCCUCUAAAUGUCAGGCUUGACACUAACACCGUUCCAGUUUCGAAGACCAAACAAAAGAGUGUGUCACAUUAUUAUGACGUUUAUAAAAGUACAGUUUACAAAUCGUGCGAUUGUUUACGCUUUUCGUGUCUCCAAGAAAGUUGAGUAGCGUGAAACCAGUUAAAUAUGUGUCGAAAUUAGUGAGUAAAUAUGAAGCCAGCAAAUAUGCGGAGCAAAAACCAGGUUUACAGUGUCGGCAACUACCUCAUGACUGGCAAAGUACUGGGCAAGGGGCACUUCGCGCGUGUCGAGGAGGCCACGCACCGGAUCAUAGGCAAGAAGGUGGCGAUCAAAAUAAUUGACUUGACGUGCAUAAAGGAAGAGUACGCGCGUCGAAACCUGCACCGCGAGCCGAGAGUCAUGGCCAAGCUGCGCCACCCAUGCAUCGCGGCGCUCUACGAAACUAUGAUGCACGGGCCGCGGCUGUACGUGGUGAUGGAAGCGGCGGGCGGCGGCGACUUGUGCGCGCUUGUUUUAGCGGCGCGCGGGCCGCGGGGCGCGCGCGGACUGCCCGAGGCACGCGCGCGCGCGCUCGCCGCCCAGCUCGUGUCCGCCGUGCGACACAUGCACGCGCGCGGCGUCGUGCACCGAUCUUGCCGCUCCCGCGCCGCCGCCGCUCCCGCCCCGCUGCCCGCUAAACUCGAGGCUGAGGCCUUAGCGGCGCGCGGGUCGCGGGGCGCGCGCGGACUGCCCGAAGCAAGCGCGCGCGCGCUCGCCGCCCAGCUCGUGUCCGCCGUGCGACACAUGCACGCGCGCGGCGUCGUGCACCGGUGA